AUGAAUGAUACGAGGGAAAAUGAAAUUUGCGAACAAGCAAUGAACCAAGUGGAGUCUAGUAUUCUCAAAUAUCUUUGUGAUGAAUUAAAACUGGAAUAAUUCACUGAUCCACAAUUGAAAUAAUUUAUCUAUGAAGACUCGAAGAAAAAAUAGAUAUUCUCUUUACGUUCCCUAGACUCUGAUACUGAGACUUAAGAUAGCUUAUCUUGCUCUUCCAGCAAUAGAUGCUCCCUCUAAUUAACUCGAUCUCCACUCAUUCUCAAAAGGUUAAGUGUUCCCAUAACAGAACAAAUUUGA